GGCAAACACCAUGGACUCAGAGGAGGAGGCCCUCGACGAUCUCGAGUUCAACGGCUCUUCUGACGAUGAGGAGAACGAGAUUGAUGAAGACAUUCUUGACGCUCUUGAAGAAGAUCUAGCCGCAGAGGAGGCUGCCUCAGAGGCAGCAGCAGAGGAAUCAAUCACAGACGACUCUGACAUUGACUCAGACGAUGACAAUGAUGAUGACGAGCAGCCGCCACCAUCGUCUGCUAUACUCAUCAAUGAACCUCAGCUGUCCAUACCACAGCCAGCUGAAGCGGCCCUUGCGCCAUCAAUGGGACCCUCUCCGCCGUUGGCAUCCCCUCGCGGAGAGCAUAUUUCCGGAAAGUCACCAACCCCUGCUCCUCGCAAGCGGUCCUUGUCUCCUGCUGGCCUUCGUAAGGCCAGACUUUUGGCAGACCUGCGAUGGCCACGAUCAUUCACUGUCGAAGCUAUUUGUGCUAUACCACACCCCUACCCUACCCACUGCUUAGCCUCCUCGCUGUGCAUGUCUCACCUUCUAACAGGCUCGGACGACGGAUAUAUACGCGACUACGACAUAUUCACGGGGGUGAACGGAAAGGUUUACCUAACAGCACCUCAGAGACAUCAUUGCGGUGUUAUGGAGGGCCUCAUGAAGGCCGCACAAAUUAGGCUCUGGUGGGAAAAUCCCGUAAACCUGGCUGCAAUGCCGGGUCCCGUUGAUGAGCCGCCCCUCUGCGCGCCAUACAGCUUGCUGAUGCACUCUGAUGCUCUGUGGUCACUAGCUGGUACGGAACCCGGCCAUAUUAGCCUGUUCACUGUUAGACAUGAGCCCGGUAGACUAUGUCACAUCUUCCCUGGUCACCGUGGGCCUGUCUCAGCCAUGAGCAUGGCACAUGAUGAGAAGGGCUUUUUUAGUGCAGGCUGGGACGGAGAAGCCAUGCAAUGGGACCUCAACACCGGACAGGUUGUUCGGGCAUUCACUUCUCAUGGCGCGCAGCUAACUGCCAUCGGUGUCCGCCCUCUGUCGAGUGCUUCCAACGGUCCGUCAUGGAUCGACGAGAGCAAAUACGCAUCUGGUCCUCCUAUGGGGAGCAACAUGCUUAAGCAAGAGGAUGUGCCAGAAACCAUGAUUCAGGACGAGCCCUUGUCUGAGGCUAAAUACACGAUACAGCAAGAUGAUGACGAGAAGUCAGACUUUGAUCCUUUGUUUGACGAUCCCGAUGCCGAUGGCGACUCGAUCAUGCAGACGAACACUCAACCGCCAGCACAGCCAAAUGGCCUCGUCAAUUCUUCUGCCGCAUCGGCAAACGUCCAACCUCAACCUCAGCAGCCACGCCAACCAGUCGUCUGGGGUAAUGCCCCAAAUGCUCCACCGGUGUUGGACCCGGUCGCAUACAGCUGCUUCAGCCCCGACGUGCUGAUGACGGCUGCAAUCGACGGACAGGUCAUGUUAUGGGAUAAGCGGGUAAAUUCUCCCGGAUACGGCGUCGGCAGGCUUCCUAUGGGUGAGAAGACGCGCCCUUGGUGUGUCUCUGCAUGCUGGAGUACAGACGGUAGCCAGAUAUAUGUCGGGCGGCGUAAUGCUAUUAUCGACGUCUGGGACGUCCGACAGACUGGUUCAGCGCACAUGGGUACUCCCAGGCUGCUGAAGACGUUGCGCAACCCUCCGGUAUCUGGCGAUAUCUCGUGUGUUGUGGCGUUCCCUGACGGCAGACAUCUCGCUUGCGCAUCGAACGACAAUAUACGAUUGUGGAAUGUUGCUGAAGCCUACGAACCAGACGCGUCGGGGAAGUUCAAAAGCGGGGUACAAUUCAAGAUCAUUCCUGGUCAUCAUGGUGGAAUCAUUUCUCAGAUGCUGGUCGACAGACAAGCCCGAUUUCUGAUCAGUGCGAGUAGUAAUCGGGGAUGGCAUGGUGAAUCCACCAAGACCGUUUUUGUGCACGAGGUCAAGAGCAUCUGGUGAUUCUCAGUCUCUUCAUCUGCUGUGUCUCCCAGGUUUCCGUUCGCUAUGGCGAUAUAUGCAUAUAUUCUCAAGAAGGUAUAGAACAGUCUGUGCCCGUAUGAACAUUUGCGGCUAUGAGCAUCAUUAUCCGCUAGCCCCUGGGCGAAGCUCUUGCUGUUCCUUCCACUCUUUCUUCUGAGAGGAGGCAGCUGCCUUGUUACCGAAGAGGAAUCGCGAGGUCCGCUUGUCAGCCCCAGUCUUCCUUGAGAUGUACGACGCCCCAGAGAACAAGAUCUGCGAAAAAUAUGACGAAAUUAAGCACAGUUUAGCUUCGGCAGUGUGAGCAAUAUCUGCUUACAGUCCAAGUUCCCCACGCGGCGAUGAGCGCAGAGCCCAUAAACACGAGAAAAGCGAGUGCCCCUACAGACUUAGCAUUAUAUGAUAUCAGAGAUAUGAGGCAGCAAGCUGCCGUCAGGGGUACUAGGAGAGGAUGUCCUCGUGCGGUGCUUGGCAAUUGUAUGGAAUCCGUAGGCGAAGGGACCUAACAUUAGAGACUCGUU